AGAUACAACCCCCCACUUGGACUCAUAUCACCCACCUCGAACUGGACUAAGGCGGCUUCCGUAGGUGUGUGAGUGGUUGCAGUGUGACGCAGAAGCGCUGAACGGGCAGAACAUUUCUGCUGUCAAGAUGGCGACAUCGGAGCCGAAAUCAGCUGAAACUGAAGAUCAACAGACUGACAGCCAAGUCAUUGCAAACCCUGAGCAGUAUAUCAAGCACCCCUUGCAAAACAGAUGGGCCCUGUGGUAUUUCAAAAAUGACAAGAGCAAAAGCUGGACAGAGAACUUACGUCUCAUUUCCAAGUUUGACACAGUGGAGGACUUUUGGGCAUUAUACAACCACAUACAGCAGCCAAGCAAACUUGGCUUUGGCUGUGAUUAUUGUUUAUUUAAGGAUGGUAUCAAGCCAAUGUGGGAGGAUGACAGGAACAAGCUGGGAGGUCGAUGGCUGAUGACUCUCAAUAAACAGCAGAGACACAAUGACCUCGACCGCUUCUGGAUGGAGACGCUUUUGUGUUUAGUCGGUGAGUCGUUUGAUGAGGCAAGUGAAGACGUGUGCGGCGCUGUGGUCAACGUCAGACCUAAAGGUGAUAAAAUAGCCAUCUGGACGAGCAACUGCCAAAACAGGGACGCAAUCAUGACGAUAGGGCAACUUUAUAAAGAGCGUCUGAACAUCCCCAUCAAAGCCAUGAUCGGCUACCAGUCACAUGAUGACACAUCCAGCAAGAGUGGAUCCACCACCAAGAACAUGUAUUCUGUUUGAAAACCCCCUUCAACUUGCUGUAGAUUUAAACAAUUACCAAACCGCAACAUCACAAUAAUAAGUUUUGAGUUGUCGACUACUGUAGUGUCUUUUCCUUUUAUUAAAAAGAGAUUUGUUCAUAGUGUGUACAGUUGGACCUUCCCCCCAAAUUUUUGAAAAUAGGGAGGAAGCCAGAAAGGAGAAAUGUUUGGUUCAAGAUGUCAUACUUCAAUGAUUUGCUUUUAGAGUUGAAGAAUUCUGUGAUUAAUACCAGUGACCUCCCCUAACUUAGCUAAGAAAAGGCUUUUUUCCCAGUACUUAAUGGCUUGGAGUUGCAACAAAAAAAAAUUCUUAACUGUUCAGCCUUGUGUUUUUCUUAUACCAAGUUCUCACUCCUUACAAAAAGUGUUCUCACCACGCAGGAAAAGAUGGUUGGCAACUUUCACAGAACGAAUUUUAAGAGCAAUUUUAACUUGAUUUAUCCAGAAGUGUUAAGCAUGAAGAAUCUACAGUGUCUUAGAGGUGUGUGAAAGCUGUGGUCACACUCCAAAGUGUAGGGUUUGGAUUUAAGGCCACUUGUUGUUUCAGCCAUGCUGGAAUAGUGGAAUAAUGCUUGUAGAGCUUUUUUCUUCCCCUUACAUUUAUUUAUAAUGUAUGCAUUGCAAUUGAACUUUUUAGUUGAAAGACAACCAUGAAACUUGUGUUUUUUGAAAUUAUUUUUUUUUUCCUCUUUCUCUUUUGUUAUUGAGGUUGAUAAUGUGGACUACUGCAUAUAGAUGACAUUUUUUACAGUGUACCAUACCGUAAAGAUGCUGACAGAAUUAGGUGUGCUUUUCACUGUCUUCUUCCUAACAAAAACUGUAGAUAAUGUCACACUCCUCUAUUGGUUGAUACAAAGGAAAGAUGAUAUUCAUUGUGUAAUGAUUUUGCUCAUUAUGUAUCUUUAUUAUCUGUAAUUCCAGGAUGUAUAUUACCUUCUUUCAAGUAAAAGUUAAGUGCUUUGCAUUAAAACAGAA